AUGGGUCGAGAUCCGCUGAUCGGACUGGUGGGAAAGCCGUCUAGUGGAAAAUCUACAACAUUGAACAGCUUGACCGAUGCGACUUCGAAAGUCGGAAACUUCCCCUUCACAACCAUUGACCCCCAGCGAGCCAUCGGAUACCUUCAAAUCGACUGCCCAUGCCAGCGAUACAAUGUUUCAGAUCGCUGCCAGCCCAAUUACGGAGCCUGCCACGAAGGGCGACGUUCCGUGCCGAUUGAGUUGCUGGAUGUUGCAGGUCUUGUCCCAGGCGCGCAUCAGGGACGCGGACUAGGUAACAAGUUCUUGGACGAUCUGCGUCACGCCGAUGCUCUAAUUCACGUCGUGGAUGUGAGCGGGACCACGGAUGCUGAAGGAAAGGCUACUCGAGGAUACGAUCCCUCAGUAGACAUUGAGUGGUUGCGAUCAGAGAUAGUUCGAUGGGUUCUAGGAAACUUGAUGGAGAGGUGGUACGGGUUCAAUAAAGAGGAGACAUCAGGCAUUGAGUCAGUGGACCUCUCCAAUGCUGCUUAUGACACCGAACUGACUCUUAGCACAGAGGCAAACCCUGUCGACACAUUACAGAAACAGUUUGCUGGUUAUGGAAGUACCCACGCCACUGUUGCACGAUUUAUGGAUAAGCUCGCCUUAAAAGAGCCAUUGGAAGACUGGUCAAAUGAGACGGUGGAGCUCGUUGUUAACGCUUUUAUCGACGAGAAAUUCCCCACGGUAUUCGCGUUGAACAAGAUCGACCACCCAGAUGCAGACAAGAACAUCAGCAAAAUUGCGAAAAUGCAAUCUCCCGAAAGCAUUGUGCUUUGCUCCGCUAUAUCCGAGGUGUUCCUCCGAAAGCUGGCAAAGCAGGAUUACAUCAAGUACGUCGAAGGCAGUGAGUUUAUCGACACGCGAGAAGAUUUGAUCGAGAUGGGCGACCCAGACGGAGGAGGCCUCAAAGAGAUGGACGAGAAAUUGAAAACUCGGGUUGAGAACAUGAAAGAUAUGGUGCUGUAUCGAUUUGGAUCAACUGGGGUCGUCCAAUGUCUUUCCCGAGCCGCAGAGCUUCUAGGACUCGUGCCAGUGUUCCCCGUUCGAAACGUGGCGACAUUCAACUCUGGCACUGGAACUGCCGUAUUCCGCGACUGUGUUUUGGUCAAUAAAAACAGUACCGUCGGUGAUGUUGCCCGGAAGGUGAUGGGCGACGUACCUAUCAACUAUGUCGAGGGUGUGGGUGGAACUCGAGUCUCCGAGGAUGACAUUGUGGCAGUUGGGAAACACGACAUAUUAUCGUUCAAGGUUGGUCGGUAG